CAUAACAUGUCAAGGAAGGAAGUCAUAUUUGUCUAUUUUUUGGAGCAUUCUUCAAUAUCUUUGUGCUAAAAUUGAUUUAUAAUAAACACUAAUGUUAUGAAGAUAAACCUUUCGAGCAAUAUCACAAAAUUAAAACAAAUAACAUCGUUCUAUCAUUUGGAAAUGACUAUAAAAGAUUUAAAGGAAAUCAUUUAUUUAUUAAGUACUCUUCGAUUUAAAUGAUCUAUCUACUUGUGACUUCUCCGUAAUUAAUAAUUUUUCGACAACUUCUCUUUAUAAAUUGACGAAAUGGAUAAGCCUAAAGCUCCAGACGAUGCUAGAGAUUGGGAUUUUAUUGAUAUAUACUUGUUUACAAACGGACAAGACUGUUCGCCUCCCAGAAAGUAUCAUUUAAAAACUGAAGAAAUAAAAUGGUGGGAUGAGACCUUAAAUUUAUUAGCCAAUUCACAAUUUGGAUCUUUGCAAUCAAAUAUAGAACUUUACACAUUGGAUGGUAAAAAGAUAAAAACACCUCUAGAAUUGAAAAACGAUGCACCUUACGUUGCUGUUAAGCCACCUGAUACCUUUGUACAGACUGGAUAUGAAAAAUAUCUUUUAAAAGCGUCGAGAUCUUGGGAAAAACGGCACGAGAGGCUAAAUAACAAUAAAGAGGGAAAAUCAGAAAAAGAGAACAUCGCAAUAAAUGGGGGACAAAUGAAAUCUAACGUAGAUAUUCCCAAUGAUGGAGCAAUUAUUAUUAACGAUGGGGAAAAUACAGAUAGCAUUCUUUUAGAUACAAAAAUUGGAUACUUAGCUAAAGUUCAAAACAAUACAUUUGGUGAACCACAAAAGGAUGCCAAAAGGCUUCAACAUAGCGAAAAAACUCAUGAAUCUGUUAAAACUGCAAAACCACAAUUAUUGCAAAGAAGAAAACCUGAAAGUAAUACAAGUAGUAAGGACAAAAUCCUUAAAAAAAUCUGCCCGAAUUCUAAAAGCAAAGAAGAUGGGCGUAAUUUAAAUAAAAAAAGAACUACAUAUUUUCCUAAGAACUUAAUUAAAACGAACAACAACAGGAACAAGUCACUGACAUCUACAAAUAAUACAAAUAUUUUGAAUGCAAACUUAGUAGAAGUUCAAUCUAAAGUAAAAUCAAUAGAAGAACCUCGAAUUAGUAAUAUUAAAACUCUCGAACAUAAAACAGAAACAAAAGAAGAAACUGUAAAAUUACCAAAUCAUUCUGUAGUUAAAACUUCACCAGGCACUUUUGAUAAAGAUUUCAUGGUAUUAUCCGAUAUCUAUAAAAAUACUGAAAGUGAUAUACAAUCAGUUUUUCUUGAUGCAGAUCGAAAAAUAGCAUUAUUAAGUAAUGAACAAAGAAUGAUACCAGGUGUGUUAGAAAAUAUUGAUGAACUCAGAGAAAUACCAGACAAUGAUUUGAAAACGAACAUGGCAAAUUCUCAGCAACGCACAAAUAUUCUAUCAGAAAAUAUACAGUCACCAAAUAAAAUACAGCAACCAGGAACAUUCAAUAUAAAUUUAAAUAUAGAUUUUAGAGGUUGCACAGUGCUUAAAACAAAGGACACAAGUCAAGCAAACAAUUGCAAAACUUCUGUGACAAUGAAACCGGAAAAAUCUUCACAGGUUAAUGUUGACGACAGUUUGAGCAGAGAACUUUUUAAUGAGUUGAUGUCUGCAGAAUCUGGUAUUGCAAAGCCAUGCGAUGAAAAGUUUGCUGAUAAUAAAACAAAAGUGAUAGUUCAUUGUAAGUGCAAUCUUAUAAAGUCAGAUAUAUCACCUCCCUAUGAUAUCAACGAAAAUGAACACAACAUAAUUAUAAUACCAAGAAGCGAUCUUGAAACGCAUCGAGGAUCAGUUAAAGAAAUCCAAGAAUUCUUACAUUCUAUACGUGUUCCAAUAUCGUCUAAUUCAGUAGUAUCUAACAAAAAACUCGAGAACGUAACCAAACGCAGAGUAUCUAUAUCGCAAGAAGCUCCUAAAGAAUUAAAUUUCGAUAGUAUGCAACUUAAAUCUCAAGGAGACAUACAUACCCAAAAUCCUUCGAUAAAUGAUACCACCAUUGACCUGAGCUAUAAAAUUGAUAAUUUUGCACAGACUGACUGGUGUGAUACUUUGGUACAAGCUAAAUGCCAUGAAGAUGGACGUUACACAUUUCAUUUACCACCUUUAGAGUUGUUAAAACAAUACAAUUUGAUAUAA